AUGUCUCCUCCGGGGGAGCAGGGCUCCCCGGUUGCCUGCCGCUGCGGGCACUGGGGCCGGGCAGCAGGCUGGUCCCGUGCCGGCCCUCUGCAAAUUCCCGCUGCCCCUGGUGCUGCCGGUUACGCAGCUCUCUGUGGUGUUGAAGCAGACAGUGAAAUCAUGUGGUUUGAGGGAUACUUGAUGGCCAAGAAAGGUGGAAUUUUGAAAGGUGCGUUUUUUGUGACAGAAUCUUUGGAUGGGCUGUUUUCACUGCUGCUUCUUAACCUGGAAGAAUAUUACUUUGAACAGCACACAGCUAAUCAUAUUAUAAAUAAAGGUUGCAGAGAUGAAAGGAAAUUCAGAGGCUCUCUAAAAAUCUGUUCAAAGUCAAUCAUUUUUGAAGCUGAUGACAAUAUCCAACCCAUUAUCAAGAUACCACUGAGAGACUGCAUUAGUAUAAAAGCCCCAGAAGAUAAUGAAGCAAAUAACCCUUUCACACGGGAUACAUCUGGAGGGAUUUCUGUUGUAUGUAACCAGGUUUUUCUCAUUAAAGAAAGAAACAUUAUUGCACCCUAUAAAACAGUAAGAGGAAGAACAGAACACUUAUUCCAACUGGAUGUUGCUGGGAAACUAGGAGAUGUUGUGCAAACUCUGCAUCAGCUUUACAGGGCUUCUUGUCUAGAUAAGAUGGGAGAUCAAGCUGCCAUGAUAACUGCUAUAUUGCAAUCGCGCUUGGCUAGAACUUCAUUUGAUAAAAACAGAUUUCAAAGCAUUUCUGAAACGCUGCAUAUGGAAUGUAAAGCAGAAAUGGUGACACCACUGGUGACUAAUCCAGGGCAUGUGUGUGUUACUGAUGCUAACUUGUACUUCCAGCCUCUUAAUGGAUAUCCUAAACCAGUAGUACAAAUAACACUGCAAAACGUGCGUCGCAUCUAUAAGAGAAGACAUGGCCUAAUGCCACUGGGACUUGAAGUAUUUUGCACAGAAAAUGAUCUAUGUUCUGACAUCUACUUGAAAUUCUACAACUAUCAAGAUCGAGAUGAGCUCUAUUUCCUUAUUGCAACAUAUAUAGAAAAUCAUAUUACAGAGCAUACAGCUGAAAGUUAUAUGUUGCAAUGGCAGCGAGGACAUAUAUCAAAUUACCAGUAUCUUCUUCAUCUCAACAAUCUGGCUGAUAGAAGCUGCAACGAUCUCUCCCAAUAUCCUGUAUUUCCCUGGAUCAUAGCAGACUACUCUAGUUCAGUAUUAGAUCUGACAAAGCCUGAAACGUUCCGUGACCUUAGUAAGCCAAUUGGUGCCCUGAAUAAGGAAAGGCUGGAUAGAUUAUUGACACGUUAUCAGGAAAUGCCAGAGCCUAAGUUCAUGUAUGGGAGUCAUUAUUCAUCUCCGGGUUAUGUUUUGUUUUAUCUCGUUAGAGUUGCUCCAGAAUACAUGCUCUGUCUGCAGAAUGGAAAGUUUGAUCACGCUGACAGAAUGUUCAACAGUCUUGCAGAAACCUGGAAAAACUGUUUGGAUGGUGCAACAGAUUUCAAAGAGUUGAUUCCAGAAUUUUAUGAAAAUGAUUCUAGUUUUCUAGUAAACAGUUUGAAGUUGGACUUGGGAAAAAGACAGGGUGGAAAGAUGGUUGAAGAUGUAGAGCUUCCCCCUUGGGCAUCAGGUCCUGAUGACUUUCUUCAGAAGAGCCAAGAGGCUUUAGAAAGUCAGUAUGUAUCAGAACAUCUUCAUGAAUGGAUUGACAUAAUAUUUGGCUACAAGCAGAAAGGAAGUGAAGCAGUUGCAGCUCACAAUGUGUUUCACCCAUUAACUUAUGAAGGAGGAGUGGAUUUAAACAGUAUUAUGGACCCCAAUGAAAAAGUAGCUCUGCUGACACAAAUCUUGGAGUUUGGACAGACGCCAAAACAGUUGUUUACAGUUCCUCAUCCCCGAAGGAUAAUACCAAAGUUGAAAAGCUUGUCUCGAACAUCUAGUCACAGUGUUUCCAUAACUGAGUCUCCAGUUUCUCCAAAUGAAGAAUCAUUUGAAGAUUUGACAGAAGAAAGUAUAACACUUGCUUGGAACAAUAUUGCCAAACUAAAAUUAGAUGAACAAUAUAAAAUUCACAAAGAGGCAAUUACUGGAAUAGCAGUCACUUGCAAUGGGUCUUCUGUUUUCACUACAUCCCAGGAUUCAACUUUGAAGAUGUUUUCCAAAGAAUCAAAAACAAUCCAGAGAAGUGUGUCCUUUUCAAACAUG